CUCUCUCUCUCUUUAAAGAGAAAAAGGAGAAUCCAGCAUGAUUUCCAUCACUACCCAACUACUUAUAACUCCAACCCCACACAUACACAACACCUAUAAGAAAUUUGUACCCUUUUUUCUAAUCACCCUCACGCCUCCACUUGUCAGAUCACAGGAUCAACCACUUUGAAGCUCCUCAACCCAUCACAACAACACAAAGGAUUACUUUUUUCUUAAAUUCCGAUUUCACUUCCAUCUCCCAAUAUGCUAAAAGGAUUAUCCUUUUGCUUUCUCACAACAAUGCUCCAAAUUUCGUUGCCUUGACAGUUCACAAUUCACAAUUCACAUGCUGGGCUGGGCGCUGCAUUUCUUUGAUCAAACAAGACUCGGACAGCGCCUAAGCAUGGCCUCCGGCGUGUUGGACAUCUCCCGAACCAUUGCCAUUCUCUUUCUUCUUGCAGGCUCCACAAUUAGCCCGGUGCACUCGUCUGCCACUAACCAAACCUUCCAUCCCGAAGAGGAAUUAAACAAGUUGAAGAUGAUAAGAGCUCGCUUGGAGGAGAUCAACAAGCCUGCUGUCCGCACAAUUCAGAGUGCUGACGGGGACCUCAUAGAUUGUGUUUUAUCUCAUCAGCAACCAGCAUUUGACCAUCCUAAUUUGAAAGGACAAAAACCGUUGGAUCCGCCGGAGAGACCUCGAGGACAUAAGCAGCCUAGGACGGUGACAGAAAGCUUCCAAUUAUGGAGCAUGGAUGGGGAAACUUGUCCAGAAGGAACAGUCCCCAUAAGAAGAACAACCGAAGAAGAAAUGCUAAGAGCUACCUCUUUUCAGAUGUUUGGAAGGAAAGUAAGAAGAUGGGUUAGGAGAGAAACAACGAGCGACGGGCAUGAGCACGCAGUGGGGUAUGUGACCGGCGAUCACUACUUCGGAGCAAAGGCAAGUAUUAACGUGUGGGCACCUCGCGUCGCCGAUCAGUAUGAAUUCAGUUUGUCGCAAAUGUGGGUCAUCUCCGGCUCUUUCGGCGACGAUCUCAACACCAUUGAAGCUGGUUGGCAGGUUAGCCCAGAGCUGUACGGAGACAAUUACCCAAGAUUCUUCACUUACUGGACUUCGGAUGCAUACCAAGCAACCGGAUGCUACAAUUUGCUGUGCUCGGGGUUUGUUCAGACAAAUAACAAAAUUGCAAUUGGGGCUGCGAUUUCUCCAACCUCAUCGUUGGACGGCGGGCAAUUUGACAUCAGCCUGUUGGUGUGGAAGGACCCGAAGCAUGGAAAUUGGUGGCUGGAAUUCGGAGGGGGAGUUCUGGUGGGGUACUGGCCGUCGUUCUUGUUCACCCACCUACAGGACCACGCGACGAUGGUGCAGUUCGGGGGAGAGGUGGUGAAUUCGAGCCCGUCGGGGUUCCACACGAGGACGGAGAUGGGGAGCGGGCAUUUCGCCGGCGAGGGAUUCAGAAAGGCUUCGUAUUUCCGGAAUCUGGAAGUGGUGGAUUGGGACAACAGCUUGGUUCCGUUGUCAAACCUGGUGGUACUGGCGGAUCAUCCAAACUGCUACGACAUUCAAGGCGGGGUCAACACCAUUUGGGGUAACUACUUCUACUACGGCGGACCUGGUCGAAACGACAGGUGUCCCUGAAGUGAACCCUCAGGCUCAAACUCAAUCAACCGCCCCGGUAAAUACACUCUUUCUCUAAAUUAUUAUUCAAUUUUAUUAUUAUUAUUUUUUAAUUUCUGGGUCAAUAGCUGAUAAAGGGGUGUUUGGCGCCAUUCUUGUAUUUUUGUUUCUUUUUUUUUUGGUCUUCUUAAGACAAAAUUCUGUAACCGGUGAUAUAUCAAUAUUAUAUCACCUCAGUAGGACUAUAUUUGUAAAUUCUGAGCAAAGAAAUAGCGAUAUUAGUGCGUUAUAA